AUGACGCAGCGAGGAAUUCAGAUGGAUGAGGAAAAACUCUCCUGCUCGAUCUGUCUGGAUCUACUGAAGGAUCCGGUGACUAUUCCCUGUGGACACAGCUACUGUAUGAGCUGUAUUAAACGCCACUGGGAUGAAGAGGAUCAGAGGCAAAUCCACAGCUGCCCUCAGUGCAGACAGCUCCUUAUACCGAGGCCUGUCCUGGUGAAAAACACAGUGUUGGCAGAUUUAGUGGAGGAACUGAAGAAGACUGGACUCCAAGCUGCUCCUGCUGAUCACUGCUACGCCGGACCUGAAGAUGUGGCCUGUGAUUUCUGCACUGGGAGGAAGCUGAAAGCUGUCAAGUCCUGUCUGCAGUGUCUGGUCUCAUACUGUGAGCAGCACGUCCAGCCCCACUAUGAAAUUGUUCCAUUAAAGAAACACAAGCUGGUUGACCCCUCCAAGAAGCUUCAGGAGAACAUCUGUACUCGUCACAAUGAGGUGAUGAAGAUUUUCUGUCGCACUGAUCAGCAGUGUAUCUGUUAUCUGUGCUCCAUGGAUGAACAUAAAGGCCAUGACACAGUCUCAGCUGCAGCAGAAAUGACUGAGAAGCAGAAAGAGCUCGGGGUGACUCGACAAAAGAUCCAGCAGAGAAUCCAAAACAGAGACAAAGGUGUGAAGGUGCUUCAGCAGGAGGUGGAGGCUAUCAAUCGCUCUGCUGAUAAAGCUGUGGAGGACAGCAAGAAGGUCUUCACAGAUCUGAUCCGUCUCAUUGAGAAAAGAAGCUCUGAUGUGAAGAAGGAAAUCAGAUCUCAGCAGAAAACUGAAGUCAGUCGAGUCAAAGAGCUUCAGGAGAAGCUGCAGCAGGAGAUCACUGAUCUGAGGAGGAAAGAUGCUGAGCUGGAGCAGCUCUCACACACAGGGGACCACACCCACUUUCUACAAAAUUACCCCUCACUGUCACAUCUCACUGACUCCAAAGACUCAUCCAGGAUCAAUAUCCGUUCUGUGCGACACUUUGAGGAUGUGACUGCAGCUGUAUCAGAGGUCAAAGAUAAACUACAGGACUUUCUCAGUGAUAUGUGGACCACAAUCUCACUGACAGUGAGAUCAGUUGAUGUUUUGCUGCCACAGGCAGAGCCCAAGACCAGAGCUGAAUUCUUACAGUAUUCACGUCAAAUGACACUGGAUCCAAACACAGUAGACAGUCGACUGGCACUAUCUGAAGACAAGAGGAAAGUAACAAGUCAACCAGGCUCACACAGUGACAUGUACAGGUUUCAGGUCUUGAGCAAAGAGAGCCUGACUGGACGAUGUUACUGGGAGGUGGAGAGGGAUGGUGGUGCAUUUUCAGUAGCAGUCACAUAUGCACAUAUGAGAAGACCAGUGCAUGAAAGUGUAUUUGGGAACAAUGACACAUCUUGGGCAGUUUAUUUUUUGAGUAAUAGAUAUGAAUUCAGACAUAACAACAUCAUCACUCCCAUCUGUGGUCCUCAAUCCACCAGAGUAGGAGUGUACCUGGAUCACAGUGCAGGUAUUCUGUCCUUCUACAGCAUCUCUGACACCAUGAUGACUCUCCUCCACAGAGUCCAGACCACAUUCACUCAGCCUCUCUAUGCUGGACUUAGCGCUUAUGGUUUUAUUUGCUCUGCUGAAUUGUGUGAACUAGAGUAG